ACAGGCAGGGGGCAGAGGGAGCUAAAUUUAGAGAGAGGUGGGGUUACAUUGCAGGGUCUUCACAGUGGCAGCCCUUUCUGUGCCCUGCCUUUUCCAGCCAGGACCGACUGCCAACAGGACCCGUGGCCUCCGACUCCUUCCUCUUUCCACAGACCCCCUUGUUCACCCGACGUUUCCCCUCCUGACUCGCCAUGGACCCCAACGCCAUCAAGGAGGAGCUGCGCCUGUUUCAGAGCACCCUGCUCCAGGACGGGCUGAAGGAGCUGCUCAAUGAGAAUAAGUUUGUGGACUGCACCCUGAAGGUGGGCGACCGCAGCUUCCCCUGCCACCGGCUCAUCAUGGCCGCCUGCAGCCCUUACUUCAGGGAGAUCUUCUUCACAGAGGAUGGGAAGGAGGUGGAGAACACCAAGGAGGUGGUUCUGGAGGAUGUCAACCCCUCCAUCCUGGAUAUGAUCAUCCAGUACCUCUACUCUGCUGAGAUUGAUCUCACAGAUGACAAUGUGCAGGAUAUUAUUGCUGUGGCUAACAGAUUCCAGAUCCCUUCUGUCUUCACUGUUUGUGUCAACUACCUUCAGAAGAAGCUGUCCCUAAGCAACUGCUUGGCCAUUUUCAGGAUGGGCCUGGUUCUCAGCUGUCCAAGACUCGCGGUGGCUGCACGCAACUUCGUCGCAGACCGUUUUGAGCUCCUCUACAAAGAAGAGGAGUUCUUGAAGCUCGCAGCGCAUGAACUGUUCGCCGUCAUUGGUGGGGACUCGCUGAAUGUGGGGAAGGAGGAAUUGGUGUUUGAGUCGGUCAUGGCCUGGGUUCGUCAUGACAAGGAGCGCGUCAAGGUCCUGAAGGAUGCUUUCAACUGCAUCCGCUUCCGCCUGCUGCCAGAGAAGUACUUCAAGGAAAAGGUGGAGACGGAUGAGUUCAUCAAGGCCGAUCCAGAGCUCCAGAAGAUGCUCCAAGUCAUCAGGGACGCCUACAAGGGGAAACUUCCAGAGACACCCAAGAAGAAAGAGGGGGAGGAGGGGGCGGAAGGAGGUGAUGAGGAAAGCCUGUUCCCUGGAUAUCUGAAUGACAGCCGCAGACAUGGCAUGUUCGGACGGGACUUCAUUCUGAUGAUUAAUGAUACAGCCGCAGUGGCGUACGAUGUCAUUGAGAAUGAGUGCUUCCUGGCAGCCAUGGCAGAGCAGAUCCCACGUAACCACGUCAGCCUGGCAUCAGAGAAGGACCAGCUCUACAUCAUUGGGGGACUGUUUGUAGACGAGGAAAACAAAGCUCUACCCCUGCAAUGUUACUUCUACUUGUUGGAUCCAUUGACAUCAGAGUGGGUCGCCCUGCCGCCCAUGCCUUCCCCAAGAUGCCUCUUCAAUAUCGGAGAGAGCAACAACCUGCUGUUUGCCGUGGCAGGAAAAGACCUCCAGACCAACGAAUCCCUGGACACUGUGAUGUGCUACGAUGUCGAGAAAAUGAAGUGGAGUGAGACCAAAAAGCUUCCUCUGAAGAUCCACGGCCAUGCUGUUGUCUCCCACAAAGGACUGGUGUACUGCAUUGGAGGAAAGACAGAUGACAACAAAGCCCUCAACAAGAUGUUUGUGUACAACCACAAGCAGUCAGAAUGGAGGGAGAUGGCGGCCAUGAAGACUCCCAGAGCCAUGUUCGGAGCCGUCGUCCACGACAACAAGAUCGUGGUGACUGGUGGGGUCAACGAGGAGGGCCUCACUAAUAUAUGUGAAGCUUACGACUUCACUGCAAACAAGUGGGAGCCCUUCACAGAGUUCCCCCAGGAGAGGAGCUCUGUCAACUUACUGAGCAAUGGCGGCUCCCUGUACGCCGUGGGCGGCUUCGCUAUGGUUGAGACAGAGAAUAAGGAGGUGGCUCCCACAGAGGUCACUGACGUCUGGCAGUAUGAGGACGAUAAGAAGCAGUGGAGUGGCAUGCUGAGGGAGAUGCGUUACGCUGCCGGCUCCUCCUGUGUGUCCAUUCAUCUCAAUGCAGCCAGGAUGCCCAAACUGUAGACAAACAAAUUUCUUUAUUUCUAAACACUCGAACAAGACCUCCUGACACCCCCUCCCCCCUUCUCCCCCAGCGAGCUGCCUCCGAGGCGUCUCAUCCUCUGCGCUCGGAUUUCUGUGUGUCGAGUUGAUCUUUGACAUAAAUAUUUUCUCUGAACUCAGAUGAUUUUAUCUGUACUAUAAACACUCAGUUCUGCUGCCUCUUCAAAGACUGCACCAUCCCCACAGUAUUGAUAAAAAGAAGCCACUAUUUAGAUUGAUCUAUAAAACACUGUUCACAUAGUUUCUUGCUCUUCUUUUGUAAAAUAAACCUUGAAAAAAUCUG